GUGGUGCGAGGUGUAGGCGGGGUACGGUGUCAUGGCAGCUGCCGUGUUUAUGUGUCGUAGGGUUGCGCGCGGGGUGAUAGUGGGUAGGCGGCUGUUCUGUGAUAAUGGAGCAGAAGAAAGCUCCAUCAAGAAACCCAAGAAGUUCCCCAAAAUCUAUACGAAAACAGGAGAUAAAGGUUUCUCCAGCACAUACACAGGAGAGAGGAGGCCUAAGGAUGAUCUGGUAUUUGAAGCACUGGGAGCCACUGACGAGUUGAGCUCAGCUAUUGGGCUAGCCAGAGAAUUUGGACUUGAUGCUGGUCUCCCAUUUGUGUCCGAGCUUGAGAAGAUUCAGUGUAUGCUGCAGGAUAUUGGUUCAAACAUUGCAACACCCCUGUCUUCUGCCAGACAAAGCCACAUAGUCAAAACAACAUUCAGCUCAGAACCUGUCCAGGAACUGGAGCAGUGGAUAGAUAAAUACACAGCACAGCUUCCCCCGCUGCAUAACUUCAUUCUUCCGUCAGGAGGCAAAACCAGCGCAUCCCUGCACGUUGCCAGAGCUGUAUGUCGCAGAGCAGAGAGACGCACAUUCAAAAUCAUAAAGGACGGAGAGGCAGAUCCAAAUGUUGGAAAAUAUUUGAACAGGCUGAGUGAUUACCUUUUUACAUUGGCAAGGUAUGCAGCCAAAACAGAAGGCAAACCCGAGACAUCAUAUACAAGGAUACAAGCAUGAAGUCUCCGUUAAUCAACAUAGGGAGCACCUUUGUUAUUUAGACUUGAUGGUGACACAACCAGAAAAAGAUGCUCAAAGCACAGUGUCUAUGUGGUGUCCAGACUUUACAAUGGGCUCCUGUUAAACAUGGUGAAGGGGUAUGCCGAGAACCAUUCCAUACUGGGAUUUAAAGGAACAGACAAAGUUAGAAGUCUAAACGUCAGCUACUGAACAAAAUACGACAUUGUCUGUUAGUAUGGCACAUAUGGAGCGUUAUUUCUUAAAGGGGAGUGAUUAAGUGUUAUUUUAUAUCUGAAAGAUAACAGUCUGAAAUAUUUCCAAUAUUGUUUAAUUAAAUUGAUUUUCUUCAGUAAA